AUGCAGUCUAUCAAUCGUUUCCUCUACGGCCCUACGCCUGAAGAGAAGAUUAGAGCGUGGCAGGGUAGGAUAAGAGGAGAGCAGCGCCAACUUGAUCGGGAAAUGAGGCAGCUUGAUAUCGCGACGAAGAAGGCACAGGUGGAGGUGAAGAAGCUGGCAAAGAGAGGUGAUGUUAAGAAUGCGAAAAUCUUAGCGAAGGAGGUCGUUCGGAGCAACAAGCAAAAGGACCGAUUAUCUGUUAGCAAGGCACGUCUUGGAUCCAUCAAUAAUCAGCUGGUGCAGCAGCUCGCAAUGGUGAAGGUCACCGGUACUUUACAGAAAUCUACGGAAAUUAUGAAGUUAUCAAAUUCGCUCGUCAAGCUUCCUCAAAUCAGCCAGGCUAUGCGCGAAAUGAGUAUGGAGAUGACAAAAGCUGGUAUCAUGGAGGAGAUGCUCGAGGACGUGAUGGACAUGGAGGACGACGAGGAAUUAGAGGAGGAAGCAGAUGCAGAGGUCGAGAAAGUCCUCUUCGAAAUAACAGACGGCAAGCUCGGUGCUGCCGGAACAGUGAAGGAUGAAUUACCAGUAGGUGCUGUGGCGGACACCGUGGACGAGGAACAAGAGAGGAAUUUGGAGCAGUACCAGAAGCAACUGAAUGAGCUUUUGAGCGGAUAA